GGAUAGCAGCAUCAGUAGAAGCCUAUGCAGCAAGUACAAGAAGAGAAACAUGUCUCCGUAGCAGUGUGCUGCAGAGACUCCGCCAGGACUCCGACCUGGACAGAUGUGACACCGCAGGAGUUCAGGGAUACACCGCCAUCCAUAACAGCAGCCAAAGUCCGGGAACCUGUAUACCUGAAUGGCAGAUUUUCAAUCGACUCACAAAACCUCCGUGAAACAUUUUGUUUGGAUCUUGUCAGUCCUGUGUGGCACCGGUGCGUGUUCGGGAUUUGUCUACGACCGGCCCAAACGCUCAGGAGAGGACGGGACUUCAGCCAGGACUGAGUCUCGCUCUGCGUAUCAGUACGUGCCGACCUCCGGCUCCUGCAGGAACAGGUGUUUUGAGCUGGUUGAGUUGGAGCCACCAAACUGUCGCUGUGACAACCUGUGCAAGACCUACAACGGCUGCUGCUCGGACUUUGAUCAGCUCUGCCUCAGGAAAGAGGGAGGUUAUGAGUGCAGUAAAGAUCGGUGUGGGGAGACUCGAAAUGAACAACAUGCCUGCCACUGCUCUGAUGACUGUCUGGCCAGAGGAGACUGUUGUACCAACUACAAGACACUGUGUAAAGGAGACACUUCAUGGCUUCAAGAUGAGUGUGAGGAGAUCAAGACGGCUGAAUGUCCUGCUGGGUUUGUGCGCCCACCUCUCAUCAUGCUGUCAGUGGAUGGAUUUAGAGCUUCUUACGUGAAAAGAGGAAACGCUGUCAUACCCAACAUCGAGAAACUCAGAACAUGUGGAACCCAUGCUCCAUACAUGAGACCUGUUUACCCCUCCAAAACUUUCCCCAACCUCUACUCACUGGCUACGGGUCUCUACCCAGAGUCACAUGGUAUCAUUGGCAACUCCAUGUACGACCCGGUGUUUGAUGCCACCUUCACCCUGAGAAGCAGAGAGAAACUCAAUCAUCGCUGGUGGGGAGGACAGCCAAUCUGGAUCACAGCGCUCAAACAGGGAGUGAAGGCUGCCACUUUCUUCUGGCCUGUUGCUAUCCCAUUGGAGAGGCGGAUACUGACCAUGCUGCAGUGGCUCCACCUCCCUGAAGGGGAGAGGCCCUACGUUUACGCCAUGCACUCUGAGCAACCAGACACGUAUGGACACAAAAUGGGGCCCAUGAGCGCAGAAUUGAACAACCCUCUGAAGUUGAUUGACAGAAUUGUUGGCCAACUGAUGGAUGGACUUAAACAGAUGAAACUGCACCGCUGCGUCAACAUCAUCCUGGUGGGGGAUCAUGGUAUGGAAGAGGCCCACUGUGAUCGCACCGAGUUCCUCAGUAACUACAUGACUAGCGUCGAUGACAUCAUCCUCGUCCCUGGGUCUCUAGGCAGAAUACGCUCGAGAUACCCCAACAACCCUAAAUAUGACCCCAAGGCUGUUGUUGCAAAUCUAACAUGUAAGAAGGCAGACCAGCACUUUAAAGCAUACUUGAAGCAGCACCUGCCUAAGAGACUGCACUAUGCCAACAACCAACGCAUUGAAGAGAUUCACCUGCUGGUGGAGAGGAAGUGGCACGUUGCCAGGAAAGUUCCUGAAGGGAAGCGGCACUGUGGCUUCUCUGGUGACCACGGAUAUGACAAUAAGAUCAACAGCAUGCAGACUAUUUUCUUGGGGUAUGGACCUACCUUUAAAUUCAAGACUAAAGUCCCAGCCUUUGAAAACAUUGAGCUUUAUAAUGUCAUGUGUGAUCUUCUGGGUCUGAAACCAGCUCCCAAUAAUGGAACCCAUGGCAGUCUGAACCACCUGCUGAGAAGCCCCCCCUACAGACCCACCAUGCCAGAGGAGCUUUCCAGGCCAGCAGCCUCGGGUCUUGUUCCUGCAGGAACAGAUGACCUGGGCUGCAGCUGCGAAGACAAGUUGCGUGUAAAAAGUAGGGGCCAGAGAGGUUUGAAAGUGACCCUUGUACGAGGCUAUAACCUGGAGUCACUCUGGCUCUGUCUCUUACAGAACAAAGUGGAGGAGUUAAACCAGCGACUGAGGCAAGCUAUGGAUGACAGCAGGAACCUGCCAUACGGUCGACCUGCUGUUCUCUUCCGUACCAAAUACUCCAUCCUCCACCACAGUGACUACAUCAGCAGCUACAGCGAGGCUCUCUCUAUGCCUCUCUGGACAUCAUACACUGUCAGCAGACAGGUAGAAGUGUCUCCACUGCCUGAAGCUCUGUCCAACUGUGUGAGACCUGAUACCAGAGUCCCUCCAGCCUACAGUCAGUCCUGUACCAACUACAGAGCAGACAAACAGAUCACCUUCGCCUUCCUGUACCCGCCACAGUUGUCCUCAACCACAGACAAAAAGUAUGAUGCUGUCCUCAUCACCAACACCGUUCCCAUGUAUCCUGCAUUCAAGAGAAUUUGGGGUUACUUCCAGAGAGCACUGGUGAAGAAAUAUGCCACUGAGAGAAACGGGGUGAACGUGCUCGUUGGACCCAUAUUUGACUACGACUAUGACGGGGUCAGGGACACAGCUGAGAAGAUAAAACAGUAUGUAAGUGGGACGAUACCCAUCCCCACGCACUACUUUGUGGUCCUGACCAGCUGCUUAGACUUCACACAGGCUGCAGACUCAUGUAGCGGCCCGCUCAGCAGCGCUGCCUUCAUCCUGCCACACAGACCCAGCAACGAUGAGACCUGCAACAGCUCAGAGGAGGAGUCUCGCUGGGUGGAGGACCUGAUGAAGAUGCACACAGCUCGAGUCAGAGAUGUGGAGAUCCUGACGGGCUUGGACCUGUACCGCAGAACCACCCGGAGCUAUGCCGAAAUCCUCUCGCUCAAGACCUACAUGCACACCUACGAGAGCGAGAUCUGAUCUCUGCUGGCUCUUUUAACAUUAAUGUUACCGAUCUUUUUCAACCGUGGUGGAUGCAUGUGGUACAAGGAAGAGAUGUGAUCAUCUCUAUGACACUGACCUACACCAUUUUUAGCUCUGGCUGGAUGCUAUGGCUGCCGUAUGCAGCUGCUCUGCAGCAUCUAUGUUGUGGCCUUCUCACUGAGCAUUCGGUUCAGUCUCAUUCAUUUCAUUUAACACCACCAAGCCACUAGCUGUGGUACUGUCCACUGCAGUUUAUUCUGUUUAGCAGUAGGAAAGCAAAACAGUCCCUGUGUUCUGUGUUACUGUUUCAUGGUCGGUACUCAAAUUCAGUGAAAUGACAUCAACCUGAAAGAAACCUCAAUUUUGACCAAUUUCAUUAAACAGGGCUUUAUUUACAAAAAUGCAUCAUGGUAGCACAAAAUAAACUAAAAUAAUUAGUCUUAAAACUAGAUUUUGAUGUAGGGCCUCUACAAGACAGGGCCACAAGAUCGAAUAAUAAUGCAGGACAUUUUGUUGAUAGUGUACUUUAGUGGUGCACUUUCCAAAUAAAUUCAUCAAACUACCAAAAACCAACUGACACAGUGAACUGGGGGCUUUUUGGACCCCUGAGGGCCAAGAGUCAUUUACACGUACUACAAAUGUACCCUUGAUAAGACACUUUUCUACAAAACAAUAUUCCACGUGUGUAAAAAAUAUUACAUGUUUUAAAGAUGUAAAAGAAUCUUUAAUUGCACUACAAAGCUGUCAGCAGAAUCAGUCCCAGACAAAAGCGCCACUUCAGUAUUUAGGCGGGGUUGUUAAAGUGCAAUGAGUGCACAUGUUCAGUUUGCUACAUGACAUUGACACGAAUUUACUCAUUACACUAUGUCUGCGUUCAACACUUUCUCAUUAUGUUCAGCGAUGAAGAAGAAAUUGCCUUUAUUUUUGUGAAUGAAAUGAUAAUGCAAUGUUGUUGUUGUAUGUGUGAGUGUGUACAGUGUGUGUAUGUCCAAUCCAAGAUAUUAGAUACCCUACAUGUUUGUGUUUGACUGUGUGUUGUGAUGUUGACCUUUUGUUCUGUGCACAAUAACAAUAAUGUCAAUGCUGAUGAUGUAUUAAUGUUUUCCCUAAAACACUUUCCACCUGUGAGACUGACCUAUUUAUGCUUUGUGUAAACGUCAUCGCAAUAAACAAGUGUUUUUACUAAA